UUCUUUCUAAAGUCAAGUACCAAUAUAUUUUUCUGUUUGUUAAUGAUUGAAAAAGUUGAAUGGCUAUGAUGAUGAAUAGUUAAAAUAAUAAUAGCUACUACGGAAAAUACAACAAAGUAAACGAAUUUCCUGAAAUGGAUGCGUCAAAACGUCCUUUGAAAAUACCAGUAAAAUUCAUCCCUUAUCUGGAAAAACAUGAUAUUUUCAACUUGUUUCGUGGCUUAGCAACAUCUAUUAUCAUAGAGAAGCCAAACGAUAUUUUGCAAUUUAUGAAAAAUGAGGUUAUACAAUAUGAGAAACGCGCAUACAGACCAAGGCAAAUAAUGUUCAUAGCUCCACCGCAUCUUGCUAUUCAACAUUUGGCUGAUCAGUUGUAUUUAUCUUGCAAACUGACGUCUAUCAACUAUGCUGAUGUAGUGCGCGAAGUCGGCUCUCAAGAGAUAUUGAAAAAUGUAUGCUCUAGCCCUAUAAAACUAGCAAAUGCAACAUUGAAUUACAUCAAAGUGAAUAAGCUUGAACUGAAUAAUGGGUGGAUUAUGGUUGGCUUUCCUAACACAAAGGAAGAAGGUAUAGCUCUCCAAAAAGUUGGAAUUUUUCCAACCCACACAUUUCAAAUAACUCAUGAUCCCAAAGAAUAUGACGAGAAAGACUUCUGGAAUGACAAUUUAAGCGAGGAUUGGUCUUAUGAAGGUUUCAGUAGAAUGAUGAAGGAUUACAAAAGAAGAGCAGUGGGACUCCGGCAAAUUUAUCAGUCCACAUUGAAGACAAUUGUUGUGCGAGGGAGAACUCUGGCUGAAUUGAAGAAUGACAUCCUAUCUAGUCUACUGAAAUUCAACUAUGAUGGACUAGCAUUUGCACCGAGGGUGGUGCUUCUAGGAGUGAGAGGCUCGAGGAGAAGAACGCUGGCGAAAAUGAUGUCUGAACGCCUGAAGCUUGUUCAUAUCCAUUUCUGGGAUUUGAUGGAACAAGCAAAACAAUGGAAUAAUGAUGUAGGUGAUGCAAUAAGAGAUUCAUUAGACUUAUUUCAAGGGAUUAAUAUGAAUGCGGCAUUGGAAAUUCUAGAGAAACGACUGUUAUCUGAUGACUGUCUUGAACGUGGAUGGGUUUUGACUGGGUUUCCCAAUGACGAAUGUGAUUUUAAAAACCUAGAUACCUUGUCUACACCACCAAACAAAAUAAUUUUCCUGGAAAUACCCAGUGAAGUAUGCUACAAACGUUUGAAAGACAGGUGUAUAAAUAUGUACACGGGAGAGGUAUUGUCCAAGGCAAAAAUUGCUGACAAUCCAGUUAUUCAGAAUCAAACUACCACACACCCGCAUGAUGCAGAAAACAUAAUCACCCAGGAACAAAAAGCUUAUCUGACUGAAUAUCAUAGCUUGGUUGAGUACAAAAUGAAACAAGCGAUAUUUGUGAAUGCUCAAGGAUCGCUAUUCGAAGUUUUUGAACGUAUUGAGAAUGUUAUAGUACAUCAAACCGAGACUUUCAAACCAAAGUAUGAAACUUUGAAAUCUCUCAGCCUCCAAGUUCAAUGCUCCCAAACCACACAAAAUUUGAGUUUUUCAUCUUCAACGAAUGUAGAAAGUGAUUGAUUGAUGCGGAGAAAAUUCUCAGAAUCAAUGUUCAGUAGCCAUUCCAAUGGAAAGAAAUGAUGUACACCAACGGAUUGAUUCAAAAAUAGUCAUCGGUCAAACGUCUGAGAUAACAUAUUAUUGUGGUCUGAAAGCCACGAUGAAAUUGAUUGUUUCAAAAUUUAUUUGAAUAAAUCUAAUGGCGUUUUUCAGCUAUAGCCUAUUGUAUCUCUUAAUACAACAAGCAUUUGAAAAAAUCUUUCUUUAUUUGCAAAUUAUAAAUUUACCCACUGGAUACAAUAAAUACAGUGACGAAUGUAUUCAACUUUUAUAAAAUAAUAGGCCUACCGAGAACACA